AUGGCCUAUGCAGACGUUCUUCCUUCUACGACCCCAAAAUAUGAGUUUAAGGGAAUCCAGCACUGUCUCCAGAUUGUGGAGGGGCCAGAUGAUCAAGAUGAGCAAUACGAAGGGUAUAUGGAUUCACGUAACCCGUAUGUUAUUUUUACUAUUGAUGAACGUUCCUUCCUCGAUUGUUUCGUAAAUUCCGAAGAAAGAUCCCUCGGAAAAUCUUGGGAGUGUUAUGACCCUUCCAUCAACGAGCUUCUCGUCAAAAUCAUGGAGUCCGGACCUCAUGCAGUAGGAACUACUGCUUUCACACGUUUAUUCGACGGAUGGUUAGGACCAGACGAUCCAAAUUACCCGCUUGUCGGCACAGCAGCAAUGCUAUAUCGAGGCAGUUCAAACAAGAAGAAACGUGCCGAUUGUUCAUGGAAGCCGGGACAUUCAGGGCUCGACAGGGGAUGGCCGACUAUCGUAGUCGAGGUCGCGUACUCAGAGACCACGGCGAAGAUGAUGAGAGACGUGAAGUUCUGGUUGAACGAAUGUUCUGGACAUGUCAACAUCGUGCUUACAGUCAAUAUACAUGAGCGCAGAAGGAUAUCUAUUGAGCAAUGGAAGAUGGGAAACCGCACUGCAUUCCCCGUUCAGAAACUUGAGAUCGCAAGGAACCCAGCGCCGAACUGUGAGAAGAUCCAGGGGAGGAUGCGAUUCUCCUUUGAAGAUAUCCACCUCCGGCCCAAAGGGCCAGAUGACAUUGAUUUUAUCAUCAGUCAUCGCGAUAUUGAGAAUCUCGCACACCAAGUCUGGCAUCAACAGGACAAAGAGGACAAACAGCGCACAUCUGGAUAA